UUCUUGGUACGGUGAAGCUUCGCAGUAGCGAGGACAUGUAGCAGGCAGCUAGCAACAAAGCUGUAAAACAUGAAAUAGUAAAGACAGUAUUUCUUUAUAAAGUAUUUUUGUAACUAUUAUACUACCUCACAUUCAUAUAAAUGCUUAACAUGACGAUUUCCGGUGAAACGCAAGUAUACUGAGUAUGGGAUUACAGACUGUUUCUCAACAUGGAUCACAAACCAGGGUACCUCUCUGGCUCAUCUGGCAAACUGAUGAAUCAAUACAUGAUUAAAGACCAUAUGGUGUCACAUUACAGAAAGCUUUAUUCGGCCAAAGCUGCUGUUGACUGCUCGGUACCUAAAAGUAUGCAUAGUAACGUCAAAUAUGUCGAUCAAAAGCGUCGCGAGCAUUCAAGGAAAGACACGAGGAGUCAAACGGGAAGAUCUGAUUCACAGAGGAGCACCAGGAUCAACUCAAGGGCCUCCUGUUCUUCUACGAAUAGUAGACCGUCCGUUCAAGGCGACGACAGUGGCUAUCAUUACCUGAACCAAUCAAUGACGUCGUCACCCAGAAUCAGCACUUCGUUCCAUUCCAAACAAGUCGUGUAUCCAUCCCAGACAGUUUUUACAUCUGCGAAUCGUCUCCGAUCUGCCUCAGAGUUUAGUUUCAGAAGCCCAAACCCUCAAUGGCAUCAUACAGGACACUCUUGUGCAACAUCUACCAGUCAGAGAAGAUACAAAAGCUUCCAGGAUCCGGUACAGAAGACCUACAGUGGCGACGUGCUGCUGAAACACGCUCAUCGCUUCACUCAGGAGAAACCUUUCACACCGAGAACUCUCAAAUCAGACCAUGAGUCCACACUGUUACAGUACCGCUAUUACACUCCCCCGAAGAGGAAAAGUGAAGAGGAGAAGACUUCAUCGUCCAGGAUUGUUCGACAGGAGACGUACCAUGGGAGCACACUGUCCAAGCGAGGCUUUUCACCACAGCUCGACUCACCACAGCCUUUUAGACUUGAUCACGAGUGGUCGGAUGAAGAAUCAGAUUCAUUUAGACUUCACAGCAAGACAAACAGGGUUUCACCAGAGGGCAUGAGGUCGCCCAUAAUGAGAAAAGUAACAGCUGAGGAAGAAGAAUUGAUGUACCUGGAGUUUAUUACAGAUGUGACCAAUGAGAUCUUGGCACAGGGCCUCUACUCUGACAGGGUACUGAAGCGGGUAUUUGAACGUCACAUUCACAUGAACAGACAUCGAUUGGAUGAGAACAAAAUGCGCCACCUUCUGGACAACCUGCAUACUGACCUGCAGAGUCCCUCUGCUGCCUCCAUCACAUCCCUGUCUGUAAAAGAAUCUAAUAAUCCUUCAAAACUUGCACUAGAGCUGCCAUCAGUGACCACAGACGACCAUUUCCUUCUUCAUACAGUGUUUGAUGAGGUCAAAGUCCAGAGAGAUGACGUGAAACCUGCUUUAGUGUCCACACCUGUAAACAGCAGCCUGUUGGAAAGCUCCAGUCAAACUGAUCUGGAGGAAGAUGAAAAGUUGCAGUUAAAUGUGGAGUUAAAACAUAACACAGGCAGCGAAAUCUCUCUGAAUGUUAAUGAACAUCUCACCUGUGCUGAGGAACAUCCCAGGAACACUGAAGGUGAUAAUGAACUGUUAGAACAGAUCGAUGAACUUGGGAAAACUGUGACUGAGUCUUUAAAAGUGUCAGAGACACAGAAGAGUCUACAGGACGCGUUUGAAGAGGAACAGACGAGAGGCGACAUCAGCGAUGAUGAGUUUUAAUUCACUUUGUUUAAUGUUCAGUGAAACUUUGGCAUAAACACUAUGUGUAGAAUUACAAUGCAUUUAUCCAAUGAGACAAAAUUAUUUUUCUACAUUUUGCUGCUCCUAAUUUGGGCAUUUAUUUGUUUAUCAGGUUAAGACCAAAAAGCAUUUACUUAAUUUACUUACUGUAGUGUUUAGUUUUAGUUUGUUUAACACUUCACAUGAACAGUUGCAGUAUACACGAGUGAUAUAAAACAAGUCGCAGUUCAUUUUAUUCAGAAAACUGAAGAAAUCUGAAUUUACAGUUGUGAAAGUCGACUUUUUAUUAUUAGCAUUUGUUGUUACAUUGAGGUUUAAGCUGUAAUAUUUCCGUUUACACCUGCAGAUUUAAUCCUGCAUUGAGUGUUUGUCUACUGAGAAAUGAAAGAAACUUUACUUUUAAAGAGUGUUAUGUUUAUAUAUAUUUUUUUAAAUGACUUGACAACUGUAUUUUUAUUUAGUACUAUUGAAUAUAGAUUAUUGAAAUGCUACAGCAAACACAUUUGGUGAUGUUUUAUUUCCUUUAUUGUUUUAAGUCCUUUGGAAUAUUCCAGCUCAAUACAAGUUUAGCUCAGUCGACAGUAUUUGUGGCAUAAUAUUGAUUACCACAAACAUUCAUUUCGACUCGUCCCUCGUUUUCUUUUAAACAAAGCAAAAAUUGAGGUUACAGUGACGCACUUACAAUGGAAGUCAAUCUUUAAGCAUUCAAAUACUCACUGUUUCAAAAGUAGACGCAAGAUAUAAACAAUAUGUGUGUUAACAUGAUUUUACUGUGAUAAAAUCACUUACUGUCUGCAUCUGUGGAAACUUAUAGACAAUUAUACAACUUCCUUGCAUGACGAUGUAACACUGUAAACCCUAAAAUGACGAUUUAAGCAACUUUACAGAUCAAUAAAUACACAAGUGUUUUCAUCAAAUUACAAGCUUCACAUUUCUGCCUUUGGCCCCAUUGACUUCCAUUGUAAGUGGCUCACCAUAACCUGCAAUUUUGCUUCUUUUUAUUUUUAAAGAAAAGGAGAGACGAGUGGAAAUUAUUAUUUUUGUGUGGCAAUCAACAUAAUGCCACAAAUGUUGUUGAUUAAACUUGUAUUGAAUUAUUCUUUAAAACAUGCCAGCAUAUGUUUACAUUUACAAUGUAUUGUCCUCUGUAACUUCAUUUAAAUACUCCCAAACAAGUUUUAUAU